AUGCCACAAGGUGCCCUCAAGAAAGCGAAGCCAGCGUCUACUGGUACCAAAAGAUCGACCUCUUCGGGCGUCAAAAAAGGCCAGCGGACAAUAGCACCCAAGAAGAAAGCGCUAGCUAACCAGCACAAACUGACUAAAAAAUUCAACGCUGCUAUGGUUGGGAAGACCGAACGAUCCUUGGCUGAGAAGGCUGGCCAUCUUGAAAUGAUCGGGGGCAAAAAGAAGAGUGCGAAAGAGGGCAAGACACACAAGAAUGUCUAG